AUGUCUUCGAACGAACCACCCAACUCGCUCGCGGAAUCCAUCACACGCGCAGCUCGUGAAGACAGAGUCCAAGACCUGCAAAGCCUCCUCGAGAAAUGGGAGUCUCCGGACCGAGCGCCGCUCCAGCGAGCACUCAGCGCAGCGCUCCAACACGGCCACGUCGGGCCGGCAGACCUGCUCCUAGACCGCGGGUGCCACUGCGGCUUCCGAGAGACACAGGCCGCACUAAAGGGAGGCCACAAGGUCGCGGUAUUCGAAUGCAUGCUCCGGCACGGGUGGGACAUCGACUUCAGCCUCGACCACCGCGGCGACGCGCUGGUGUGCUCGCUGCUCUUCGCAGCCACGCCCGACCUCCCCCGGUGGCUCCUCGAGCACGGCGCGGACCCCAACGCCAACCCCCGGAGCGACCCCGUGUGCUCGACCGCGCUCGAGGCCGCGUGUUCCAGGCCCAGCAUCAUCCCGGCCGAUAUCGUCAGCCUCCUGCUGGAGCGCGGGGCGGUGGGCAGUCUUGCGGGGCUGGUGGCCGCGUGGAAUGGCAACGUGGAGGCGCUGCGUGUGCUCCUGGACGAGGGGGGAGAGGUGUUCGGCAUUGAUGCGAUCCCCGAGGCGGAGAAUCCAGACUGGGCGCUGAAGGAGGAGUGGGGCACGCCCCUACACGGUGCUGCUGCCAAGGGCGAGGUGGCAUGCGUCGAGUUCCUUCUGAGUAGAGGCGCCAGGACCGAUAUCAGAAACGGCGCUGGCUUGACUCCGGAGCAGACUGCAGAGUAUUUUGAGCACAAGGAGUGCCUGAUCCUGAAGAUUUGA